AUGGAAAGUCUUCAGAACAGCGUGAAAAAGAAAGCAACUGAAAGGCAUUACAAGGCUGAAGUACUAAUUACAGGCGAGCAAUUAAGGCUCCGACUGCAUGAUGGAAAAUUAAUCAAAGACCGUCGCUAUAAUCUGCGAACCUACCCAAACUGCUUUGUUGCUAAAGAGCUAAUUGAUUGGUUGAUAGACCAUAAAGAGGCACCUGACAGGGAGACAGCCAUAAAACUAAUGCAAAAGUUAAUGGAUCAUAACAUCAUUCAUCAUGUUUGUGAUGGACAUUCAGAGUUUAAGGACGCAAAACUGCUGUACAGAUUCCGAAAAGAUGAUGGAACAUUCCCAUUAAAUAAGGAAGUGAAGGUGUUUAUGAGGGGCCAAAGUUUAUAUGAAAAGCUUAUAAAUUCUGAGGAUGCAAUCAUGAAAUUACAAGAAGAAAAUGGAGUGAAGUACCAGCGUGCCAUGGUUAGCUGUGACAUCAUUGACUGGCUAAUAAAAGAGGGGGAAGCUUCAUCGAGGACGGAAGCAGUGGAGCUUUGCCGUAGAGAGCUUGAACAUGGAAUCAUUCAACAUGUCUCCAACCGUCACCAUUUCUUUGACGGUAACUUACUGUACCAGUUCCGCAUAAACUUUCGCCGAAGACGACGACUCACUGAACUAUUGAGUGAAAACUCAGGGACAGCACUAGAAUCUCACGACAGCCCAUUCUGCCUGCGAAAGCUGAAUCCAGAACAAGAUGGCUCAAGUUUUCUCUCAGUGCAAACCAACAAAGAGAUAAAGAUGGUGUCUGCUGUGCGCCGGAGCAGCAUUACCUCUGCUGUCACAGGAAGUACAGCCUUUUACAAUACGUCUCCCAGUCUUGCCUGCUUGCCUACAGUGGAGUGUAACCCUAAAUCAGUGUUGAAGAGACCAGUAACUAAUGAAGAACUCCUGUCACCUGGAGCACCUUACUUAAAGAAAACAUUAACAAUUGUGGGUGAUGCAGUGGGCUGGGGUUUCGUGGUGCGAGGAGGAAGACCAUGUCAUAUUCAGGCAGUAGACCCAGGUGGUCCAGCGGCAGCAGCUGGAAUGAAGGUCAGACAGUUUGUUGUUUCUGUGAACAGCAGGCAUGUAAUGCAUUUGGACUACAAAGCAGUUAGCAACAUUAUCAUGACUGGACCCCGCACACUAGUGAUGGAAGUUAUGGAAGCAAUUGAAUGAUGAAGAUGAUGUUUGAUCAAAAAGCUGGUUGAUUUUCACAUCUAUCCUCAGAAAGCAAAAUGGUUUCAAAUACUAUAGCCUAGAAAUCAUUAUUGAUAAAUAUAGUAGACAA